UCGUACUGAUAAUGUAAGGAGAAAUUCUGGCUAGGUCACUAGUGGGAUUUAAAGGGUUAAAGGAGGUUUAUCAUUCGUGACGCUUAAAAAAAUUUGGCUCAAUUAUUCCAAGUCCAUCAUUCACAAUUUGUGCCUAUGUUAUUCCUGAACUGCCCCCUGGCCUCGUUAAUUUUUUUUCGUUUUAUUUGUGUAUUUCGAAGUCUGCUUUAACUAAUGGUAACUUUAAUAAAGCUAAAUAAUGAAGUAAAUCAGAAUACAAAGAGAUCCUAUAAUUACUGAACAAGCAAACCAAAUAAUGCAUACUACAAACUGAAAAUAGCCUCUCUGAAAUUUAAUUAAAUAGAAUCUGUCUCAAUUUAGCUAAAUCUGUUAUCUGUGCCAUAAAUACUGACUGAGUGGAUGGCCAAACGGGAAAAUAAUUGGCUCGAAGUCGUGCGCUUGGUUCGUACGUCACGUACGAAAGCCAAAUAAUUUCCCCUUCAGCCCGACUUAUCUCAGUCAAUAAGCAUUUUAUCAUAUGUCAACUGACUAAGCUUAAAAAAAUUCGAAAAGUUUGUUUCAACUAAAUAGGACGCAUGCGACUGGUGCGCGAGGGUAAACCACAAAAUAGAUUCUUGACCAGGGGCUUAAUGAUAAGGCAAAAACAACUCCGAGCGGUAACUUUGAAAAAAAACCUUGGUAAUUUGAUAAUGUUACAAGUCUUGGAGGGAGAUUGAAUGGAGACUGAAUUUUUUUUAGGAUUGGUUUUUGAGGUGCAUUUUGUGAUGCGAGACAUUCCAACCGCCUGUAGACAAGUAAUUGAUUUCUCAAUUCUAGAACAAAAUUUCCUAGUGAGGGGGCAUUAUGCUUGUGGGAGGAAAUUUUGUGGGCAAAAUGGUUGAUUUAACGUCCCACCGCCACGCUUUCGACUCCCAUCGGGUAUGGAACUGAUACGAACCGCUCGUCGAGGACGCCGGCACAUCUGAGGCUUAAAAAGAUGACUAUAUAUCGUAGAAGUAGUGAAUUGUAGAAAUUGAAGCUAACUGGGUUAGGCUGAAGAUAGAACAGUUUAAUUAUCAGUUUAACUCAAUGGUAGUAACGGAGGUUUGUUUAUCCUCAUGAUGCUACGAGUUCAGAGACUGUUAUGCCGGAAGUCAUACAUGCAUCCUCCGCAAAGGAAUUUAGCACCCGUUCUUAAUGGAGGGAGAGAAAGAAAACAGUCGGAACAACACAACCCACGUCGAUUUGGGUUUGGAAGGGAGUAUUGUGGUCUUUUUGGCCGUCGGCGAAAAACUUAUCAGCCUAACAUAUUUCUCGUUUUUGAUCGAUGUGAUAAUCAUUUCUGUAAAAAUUAAUCCAUGGACCCUAAGACAUGACAAUUUGUGCGACCUGUUUUACUUAAGGAAGGAAACCCUGGAGUUUAAAACCCAAACUGUAAAAUGCGAGGAAAAGUUCAAAGAAUUCCUUGAAGUAGCGUCCAGUUGUCUUUUUCACGUGUGAGUUCUCCAUUUUCUCUCCCACGCACGUUUGAAUAGAAUGUUAAUAUUUGUUGAACGAUUCGCCUAAUGCGAGUCAAACAUUUCAGUUAAUAAACACUUCAGGUAUGCAUCUGAGUUCAGAUCGGAUGCACAGAUCACACGAUCGACCAAGUAUGUAGAAAAGGAGGAACAAAUUCAGCAAAAUCAAUAACAGCAAUGCCGAAACAAGAAUAAAUACGAAAAAGGAAGCAACAUCUGUCAGUCCACGGGGUAAUUUUCCUUUCUACAGCAAAAGUGGUCGGCGUCUCAACGCUCGCCUAUAAAGCAGGCAUUAGUGAUAAAUUAUUUCCGGUAAGGCGUUAAAAAUAUCUUAAGCUCAAUUCAAGUGAUAUAAAAUAAGUGGUUUAUCUUGUUUACUUGGGAGACAGCGGUAUAGCUUUCCUGCUUUUUUCUUUUUGUGGUACAUUUUUGGUACAUUUUUGCCCUUAAGGACCGAGCACACAAUCGACGAAUUUUUGUCAGAUGGAAAACAACUUUUAUUUAAGGUUGAUAAUUUCGAAUGCCAUUUUUUCCCAUUUUACGUUUAAAUCAAGAAAGUUACUUUAAUGUAAAAAAAGCUCUUGGGUUGAAAUAAAGAGUAAUAACCUUGCUAUAUCCGUGCCAAUAAUUAAGACUUUUUUGGUAAACUUUUCUGGGAGAGCUUUUACGGAAGUGGCAAAUUUCUAUGAGACAUUAAAUUCUUUAGCAGUUACAUGUUUGGUAUUUCAAAAGCGAAUGAAAUGGUAUAAAAGAACGAGCUGGUGUAAAAGAAGCUAUUCCGACUCCUCCAACUUGGAUGGAUCUUACUAAAACUACUGAUAUAGAGAGAUAGAGAUCUGACAACAUGGAAUUUAGAGAUAUUUUUGUGACUGCUAUUGUCUGUUUGUUGGUUCAUGUGGAAUUUGGCGAGUCAAACACGCGCAAAGAUAGGAACAUUUAUUCGGCUCUCUGUCGAACGUCUCUUCUUACAACUAGUGGCUGUCUUCUGAAGAUUCAAAGUUGCUCAGCUGGUGCGACUACGUGUAAAGUAAAAGUUCGUGGUACUCUUACGACAGAUCCGGCAACGAGAUUUACCAUUGUUACUGUUACGGCACAAGAUGGAACAGUAGGAAAGUGCAUUGAAUUCACCACAGCUAGCCAAGUUAAAUAUGCUUUGAAGGUCGACAAUACGACUAAUAUAAUUUUUGAGAAACAGCACAAUGGGUGUGAUAACGGAAUCCCUGAUGACUUCAUUUUCAAAGAAGCGAGAAAAAUCCCUCGCCAUUUCACAUAUACACACAAUGCGAAGUGUCUUGGUACAAACAUUGAUGGCGCCUUGUCCUUAAUGAAUAUUAAUGAUAAAAGAUGUAGGUACCGUCUUUUUAAGUGGACUUGAAUUUAAAAAAGAUAUAUACUUUUAACCGAUACUUUGCCUGUCUAAUGCCCUAUUCACACCAGCAAAACACGUUUAGUUAAACCAGUUUUAACUAAUCAAAAGCCAGCUACUAGAAGUUGGAGGUUUAAAUUUUUCAUAGGAUUCCAGUAAUCACCAACUUUUAUUUCUUUUAUGCGUGUUUGUGCUAAAAUUUGAAGUCAGCAAAAAUAAUUUUUGGCAGCUUCUAUCAAGAAAACGAUUUCAAAUAUUUGUCGAUAAAUCAGCUUUAAAACGCUUGCAACCAUGAAAGCUUCGGUGUGAAUGGGUCGUAAGAUUGCAGCGCAAGAUGACAGUGGAACACUAACUAACCCUGAUGGAAAACUUUAUACAGAAUGCAAAGCUUUCUCUCUUAUUUUUUCUGUUGUUGUUAUUGAUGAUUUCUUAAACAUUUCGUGUUAGUUUCCUAGCGACUUAUGUUUUCGUUAGUAUCUAGUUUAUAUGCACAUUGACAAGACAACCAUAGUAUCAAAAGUGAAAACAAUUAUUAUGCAACUUAUUGAUCGAUCAUAGGUAGUCGGAUUUCUUCCCUUACUGGUCUUGAAUUGAAACUGAAAGUACUAUAUUUUUAUCAGCUUUUAUUUACGAUGUUAACCAGCCUUAAGCUGAGUUUAAAAAUGCUUGCAAUA